AUGGCUCACGACGAGCCUCAGUCCCAAGUCGGGAUCCAGCAGGAGACUGCCCAACAGCCUGUCGAGAUGGGCGAGAACAAGACUGCCCGGGAUAUCUCCCACGUCGAGCAGGUGUUGCCUCCGGACGAUGACCUGAAGAAGGAUCAUAUCGAUGUCUCGCGAGUGGACAAGGAGGUCCAAAUGUACUCCAGCAUCAGGGUGGAAGUCAGUGAAGAAGACAACAAGCGCCUGAAGAAAAUGAUCGACCGUCGCGUCCUGGUCAUCAUGAUUUUCACAUACUUCCUCCAGGCCCUCGACAAGGGUACCAUGAGUUUCUCCUCGAUCAUGGGCAUCAAGACCGAUGCUCAUCUGGAGAAUGGCCAAAAAUACUCCUGGCUCACCACCUGUAUCUACAUCGCUGUCCUGGUUGUCGAAUACCCGACCAACUGGAUCAUUCAGCGCGUUCCCAUCGCCAAAUAUCUCGGCAUCAACAUUUGCCUCUGGGGUAUGAUCCUGGCUCUUCACUCUGCCUGCCAUAACUUCACCGGCUUGGUCAUUGUCCGCACGCUGCUGGGUAUCUUCGAGGCCUGCUGUCAGCCCACAUUUGUCCUGCUGUCUUCCAUGUGGUACAAGCGUGAGGAGCAGGCCUCAACCGUCACGUACUGGUACAUGAUGAACGGUGCCCAGCAGAUCGUAGGCGGUCUGCUUGCCUACUGCUUCACCCUCAUUGGCAGUGACAAGGUCCUCAAGUCCUGGCAGGCGCUGUUCCUCUCGUAUGGAUGUCUGUCCGUGCUGUGGGGACUGUUCGUUAUGUGGUACAUGCCCGAUUCGCCCAUGCGUGCCAAGUGCUUCACCGAGGAGGACAAGCACAUGAUGGUCGAGCGACUACGUUCCAACCAGACUGGUAUCCAGAACAGACAGUUCCGCUCGUACCAGGUGUGGGAAGCUCUCCGUGACCCUCAGACAUGGUGCUAUUGCAGUAUCCAGAUUUUCACUACCCUGCCAACCAGUGGUCUGGGUGCUUUCGCCGGUAUUAUUAUGAAGAGUUUCAAAUUUACCACGCUGCAGAGUCAGCUUCUGGCUAUGGUGUUGGGUUUCUACAUCAUCGUCAUUCUGCUUACGUCUGCUUGGCUAGUUAAGAAGUAUAAGCAGAACCUGCUGGUUAUGCUGGGCUUUGUUAUCCCCUCCUAUAUCGGUACUAUCGUCCUGAUGACAGUCAAGAACACCACCCUAGCCACCAAGGUCGGCCUCUUGAUCAGCUACUACAUCACUCUCUCCUUCUGGUCCGCCCAAACCCUCUGUCUCUCCAUGGUCUCCCGCAAUAUCGCCGGCCAAACCAAAAAGUCUACCGUCGUCGCCGCAACAUUCAUCUCCUGGGCCGCCGGAAACGCCAUCGGCCCACAAGUCUUCCUGGACUGGGACGCGCCCCGGUAUCACAUUGCCUGGAGUGUGCACCUUGCAUGCUACGCUUGCAUGACCGUGGCAGUGAUUUUCCUGCGCUUCCAUCUCAAGCGUCAGAACAAGCGCAAGGACGAGCUUAUUGCUGCAGCGGAUCUUUCCUCUGCUGAUCCUAACCUGAUUCACGCUUUCGAGGACAAGACGGAUCAGGAGAACUUGAACUUCCGAUAUGUGUAUUAG